AUGGAAAAAGAAACUAUUGAUAAAUUUUUCUUAAUAUUUACUGCUAUAUCGGCAUUCAUUGCAUUUAUGCUUCUUAUAUUGGUUUUGGUCAAAGACAAAAUUUGUCCACGCAAAUCCAUUUACGUAAAUGGUAUAUCGGAUAGUGGUGCUUACGAUAAUUCCACUUCGAAAUGCCUCAGAAAUGGUUUAUCAUUAACAAUCGAUAUGAAUGAUCUUGAAUACAUCGAUGAUCGAAGUGAACACCUGAUUGCAUCGUCAAUCAUUGUUAAUUCUCUUCAGCAUUCACUAGAUCCAAUAUAA